AUGACAGCUAAAGAUAUUGAUUACCUUCUUCACCAUCUGUUCAGGGAUGAUGACCAUGAUUAUAAACAUAAACAAGCAAGAGUUCAGACUAGCUCUGCACUCUCUCUGUUCACUGGCUCAGGGGUGCAGGCAGGUGCAGUUAUUGAAUCAAGCUCAUAUUGCAAGACAAAUGAGUGUCUUUAUUAUAGGCACCUUACUUUCAACAUGAAAUGGAGCAAUAAUGGCUCAAUCAAACAAUGGGUAAUAAUAGAUCCUGAAUUUCUGAAAGGAUGGCGUUAUCAAGACAAUUCACUUCCUUUUUUCCACAAGGUAAUGACGCAGGGACCUGAUGAAAUAAAAGGACUGACAUUCUCUUCACUGCAUCAUAAUUUAACAACUCUGGCUGAACAGGAUGGGUUUAAAGACUGUCUUCAAGUUCACAGAAUCAGAGCGGGAGUAGCAAAUAAAAUUGACCAUAUAACCUCCCUAUCUCCCCACCAAGGACUUGACCACCAAAAUCACGACACGUUCCUUAAGUAUCAGUCUGAUUUCCGCUCUGCCCGUCGUAUAUUCCGUUACCGGGAUCUCUCACCGACGUUAACUAGCAACUACUACUACUACUACUACUACUACUACUACUACUACUACUACUACUACUACUACUACUACUCCUGGCGGGCCCGACCUGUGGGCGAGCUCUCCAGAGGUCUAGUUCGUGGGAAGUUUUGA